CGGAAAUUGUGUUUGGGGACAUGUGACUGCUCAUGUGACUUUUUCGGGUGUUCGGCAAGUCCAUGAACAACAAUAAAUCUUGUUCGUUGUUGACUCUCCAACUUAACAAGAGUUAAGCUCAAGAAGAGUGACAAUAACACUCAUGAUGUUUCGGAUGCCUCUCUUCACCACUUUGUCUUUCAUUGCAGUUAUAUCUGUAGAUUUUGCACAAGCAACAUGCGGUUACAAGAGCUGUCCAGCCACUGUGCCCGGCAUGCUGAAUGUUCAUCUUGUUCCUCACACCCACGAUGACGUCGGAUGGCUCAAGACCGUUGACCAGUAUUAUUAUGGAGACCGGAAUGACAUCCAACAUGCAGGGGUUCAAUACAUUCUUGACACAGUCGUGUCCGAGUUGUUAAAGGACCCAGAAAAACGUUUCAUCUAUGUUGAAAUUGCUUUCUUCGAGCGAUGGUGGAACGAGCAAACGGACAAGAUGAAGGGCCUUGUCAAACAACUUGUUAAUGAAGGGAGAUUGGAGUUUGUCAACGGGGGAUGGUGCAUGAAUGAUGAAGCUGCGACUCACUACAACGCCAUCAUUGAUCAGAUGACCAUCGGCUUACGAUUCCUCAAGGAGACGUUUGGCGACUGCGCAAAGCCACGGACAGCAUGGCAGAUUGACCCCUUCGGACACUCGAGGGAGUAUGCCUCUCUCGUGGCCCAGAUGGGAUUUGACAGUCUGUACUUUGCUCGACUGGACUACGUCGAUAAGGCAACGAGAAUUGCAAAGGACAGGAUGGAGCAAGUGUGGCAUACAUCACAGAGUCUUGGCAGUACCUCGGACCUGUUCUUCGGGGCAUUGUUUGCCCACUAUGGCCCGCCCAAAGGCUUCUGCUUCGAUACCUCCUGCAAUGACCCCCCCAUCAUGGAUGAUCCCAAUAUGUUUGACUACAAUGUAGAUGAGAGAGUUGCUCUGUUUGUAAAACUUGCCAAAGAACAGAACGCUACGUACAGAACAAACCACAUUAUGUUCACCAUGGGGUCGGACUUCCAGUACAGCAAUGCACACAUGUGGUACGAGAAUUUGGACAAACUUAUCAAAUACGUCAACGCCAAGCAAAACGAAACAGGUGUGCAUGCUUUGUACUCGACCCCAUCAUGUUACACAAAAAAUGUCAAUCAAGUCGCCAAGAACUGGACCACAAAAAGUGACGACUUCUUCCCCUAUGCUGAUCACCCGCAUGCUUUCUGGACUGGGUACUUCGUCAGUCGGUCAGCACUCAAGGGUUACGUCCGAGAAACCAACACCCUUCUUCAGAUUUGUAAACAGUUAGAAGUUUGGGGAUCAGUGCUUCCUGGUUUAAAACUCCAAACAAACUCAGAUUAUCUAAAAAAAGCUGAGGCUGUUGCUCAGCACCAUGAUGCUGUUUCUGGUACUUCAAAACAGCAUGUUGCUGAUGACUAUGCUGAGAGGCUCUACAUUGGCCGCACUCAAUGCAAGAGCCUUAUUGGCAGUGUUCUCGGUAACCUGAUGGAGAAAAAUUCCUCCGUCCCGGCACCAACGCCCGAGUUCUGUGACUAUCUCAACGUCAGCGUUUGUCCUAUCACGGAAAACUCGCCUGAGUUUACUGUAACCGCGUAUAACCCUCUGGCACGAGCAGUGACAACAAUUGUACGGAUACCAGUGAAUUUCAACUACGCUGUAACUGGCCCAAGCGGAAAACCAGUUACAAGCCAGUUGCAAGACGUUUCAAUGGGAACUAAAGAAGUCAGGAGAUCCCAUGGCAACGCAUCCAAGGAGUUGAUUUUCCCGAUCACUGUACCUCAACUUGGCUUCAGUAACUACGUCCUCAAAGUCUUGCAGAAAGGGGAAGCCAAGACAUCAAUUCUUCCUAAAGUGUACAAACCUCAGUCGGAUGAAGUGAUUGAAAACCAGUUUCUCAGUCUGACGUUUGACGGUAGUACAGGACUUUUGAAGUCGAUGACAGACAAGAGGACCAAGUCAUCCAUAGCGGUAUCGCAGUCUUUCCACUGGUACGAGAGCAGCACAGGAACAUUUCUUUUCUCUCAGGCGUCAGGGGCCUAUAUCUUUAGGCCGACCCAUCCCACUCCAAAGCCGUUGUUUGACGGCACGUCUGUUGGUAUGACAGUCAUUAAGGGUCCUGUUGUAACAGAAGUACGGCAGCAGUUUCAGCCAUGGUUGAGUCAGGUUAUCAGACUUUACCCCAACAAGGAGUUUGCUGAGUUUGAAUGGACCGUCGGUCCGAUUCCAUACAAGGAUGGAAUAGGGAGGGAGAUCAUCACACGAUUCGACACGGAUCUAAAGACAAACAGUACAUUUUACACCGAUGCUAAUGGCCGACAGAUGCUCAAGAGAAUCCUUAAUCACCGUGCUGACUGGGUGUACGUCAAUUCAGACCCAACGUCUGGGAACUAUUAUCCAAUCAACAGCCGAGCCUACAUCAAGGAUGAUACGAAGCAGUUGACAGUCUUGACUGAUAGAUCCCUCGGAGGAAGCAGCCUUAAGGAUGGAUCCUUGGAAAUUAUGGUCCAAAGGCGCACCCAGCAUGACGACAGUCGAGGUGUGGGUGAGCCCCUGAAUGAGACCGGACAGUUUGGUGACGGGAUCAUUGUGCGGGGUAAGCACAGCGUCCUCUUUACCUCUGUAGCCACGGCAGCCGCAGCCCACAGGACCCUAGGGGAGGAAAUCUUCAUGGCACCCUCGUUGUCAUUUUCAAAAUGGCAACCAGACUGGGCAACUAAGUUUAACACAAUGAAGUCAAUGGUGUCUGCCUCUCUUCCAUCCAACGUACAUCUUCUAACAUUGGAGGAAUGGACAGGAGACACUGUGCUGAUCCGUGUAGAACAUCAGUUUGAAAUCGGCGAAGAUCCAACACUCUCGCAAAAAGUCAAAAUCCAGCUCAAGAGCUUAUUUCAGCCGUUUGGUUUCACCAGUCUUAAAGAGGUGACGCUAUCGGCAAACGAGGCACUCAGUGAUGAAAAACGCCUACAAUGGAACAUCAACGAUAGCCCUAUGCCUACUCCGCCAGCUGUCAAGCCUGAUCCCGUACCCUCAUCAACGUUGACUGUUUCUCUGACACCAAUGCAGAUAAGAACCUUUGUCGCAACCAUCAAAAGGACAAACUAAAAAAAAAAAAAUUCUGCAGUAAUGAAACAGUAAAAUGGAAGGUUUUUGGUUUAAAAGCAUUUUCUCAAAUUGUCCACGUUAUCUUGUCAAAGCAUUACUAGUGAUAAGCCCAGUUUAUACUUCCUGCAAAAGCAAAUAUGAUACAAAUUUUGCCGUCACAUAUUCACAAUGAAUAAUUCUGAAGAAUUGGAGUGUGAAACAUUCGCUGCGAAAAUAGGGCUGUGUGCUGGAAGUCAAAAUUUGUAUCAUUUGCAUUCGUAGGAAGUGUGAGCCAGGCUUUAUUGUGUAUUUGCAGCUGCUUAUAAAUUGUCUAUUGUUUUUAAGUACCACUAAAAAUCUUUCCUGGAAACACUUUGCUAACUUACUUCUGUUUUCAUACUACGCAUGUUUUGUUAAACAAAACAAAUGGUAAUAUAUUGUUAUGUCAUUAAUGGUCUUCUGUUAGUUCACCUAAACAAAAUUCCUUGAAAAAGUUAUCAGCUUUUCUUUGCAUGUUUUGUUAAGAAAACACAACAUCCACUAAAACUUUCUUGUCUUCUGUAUUCUUCAAAGGAAAAUCAUGUUUUAAAGUGAAGGAACAAUGUGUGGUGAAGAGGUUUUCAACUAGUGGUUUCAACCCGCACAGAGGCCUGGACUUGAUCAUUUUACUGAGACGAAGUCAAGGUCAAUUAUCAAGAACCAGGCCUCAGCGGGUUUAAACCACUAGUUGAAAACCGAUUUCUGAAGUUUUUUAGUUUAGAACUUAUUUAUGACUUUGUUUAAAUGUCAUCGAUCUUUAAAAGAAGUAGAAUUAGGUAGAAAUUAUUUGUUUUAGAACAAGUUUUAAUACUGAAAGAAGAUUUUCAAAAUCCUGUCUUCAUGAAUAUUGAUAUCCAUUGUUAUUAACAAAAAGGGACUACCAUAGUAGUUCAUUUGAGAUAAGACUGGUCUUAACUCUUUGUGAAAUCCACCCCAGGCCCCAAUUUCAUAGAGCUGCUAAGCACAAAAAGUAGCUUGGCACAACAAAGUUAUGCUGACCGGAUUUAAGUUACCAGCUAGAAUAUUAUAUCACAUGUACAAUUUGGCUGGUAUUCUGCUUGUUUUUGCUUAGCAGAAUAUUGUUUAAGCAUCAUCUCUUCUUAAAGAACUAUGAAAUUGGGCCCAGGGCUAAUACUGUUGCAGCACCAAAUGUGUCAGCAUUUGAUGGAUUUCUUUUUUCGAGAAGCCAUUGUCACUUAAUAUUGUUUUAUUACUAACAGUGUGAGGAAUAAUUUAUGCUUUAACAUUUCAAUUCAGUGUUGAUAUUUUUUGUUAUUAAACAGAGUUCAAAGAACUUUAAUGGGUUGAAUACUUUA